UAUAUUCCUGUGUUCCUUCACUAUAUAUAUUAAAAUCACGUAUUGCUUAAUCACUUCAAAUCUAAUCCACAAAGCCUUUCACACCAUCUCAUCUGUCUCUCUUUUCCUUUUCCCUCAUUAAAAUAAAGAGAAAUGGAAGAUUACGAGCAAAACUCAAACUCUCCAGCUCAUGAAGAAGAUUCUGAUGUACGGAAAGGUCCAUGGACUGAAGACGAAGAUGCUAUUCUCGUCAACUUCGUUUCCAUCCACGGUGAUGCUCGCUGGAACCACAUAGCUCGUUCCUCAGGACUUAAGAGAACUGGUAAGAGUUGUAGAUUAAGAUGGCUUAACUACUUGCGUCCAGAUGUUAGACGAGGCAACAUCACUCUCGAAGAACAAUUUAUGAUCCUCAAACUCCAUUCUCUAUGGGGCAAUAGGUGGUCAAAGAUUGCACAAUACUUACCGGGAAGAACAGAUAAUGAAAUAAAGAAUUAUUGGAGGACCCGGGUGCAGAAACAAGCUAAACACCUUAGAUGCGAUGUUAAUAGCAAUCUUUUCAAGGAGACAAUGAAAAAUGUUUGGAUGCCUAGACUAGUGGAAAGAAUCAACGCCCAAACACCAUCCCCCACGUAUGAGCAAGUGGAGUAUAUGGUCACCGAUCUAAGUCAACCUAUCGAGGAACCGAAUCCGGUCGAACCGGAUUUUGUUCAAUUUAACCAGAAUUAUCAUUGUCAACAGCAACAGUUCGUGCCAGCCUCAGACGUGUCCGCAACGUCUUCGAAUUCGCCAGCUGAGACGUUAUCAGACGUUCAAGGAGGGGUAGUGAACGGGACGGUUUAUGAUCCAGCGGGUCAAACGGGUCUCGGUGGGUUCAACGAUUGGGGCUGUGUUGGUGGGGACAACAUGUGGACCAAUGAGGACAGUUUUUGGUUAUUCCAGGACCAGUUCCAGUUGUGUAAUGAAACGACAUCGUAUUUGUAUAAUUAAGGAAAUAUACAUACGAUUACGGUACGUAACGAGGAAUUCAAUUGCGUCACGUUUGGUGUAAUAUUCAUUCGUGCGUGAUGCCAUUUUAGAUACGGCCUUGGUAUACGAAUCUUGACUUAAUUCGACAUGUUUUAAUUUCCUAUUUUUUUUUCUAUUAAAUUAAGUUAUGAUUAUCACAUGAGGAUAUUGUGAUCAUUUGUGAUAUACUAUGUGAAUUAUUCAAUAUUACUUUUGUUCUCAUAA